AUGGGAAGAAAAAGGAAGUUGAAGAAAACAGACGACGAGAUUAUGAAGAAAAUUAAGAAGUUGGAAAAGAAACUUGUUCGUAGACGACGUGUUAUGCGUCUCUCUUCAAGUUCAAAUAACGCCGACAGCGUCUCACAUAUUAGUAUGGAUGAGACGGUUCCGGUAUGUACCGAAACCGUCACAAGUCCAAUCGUGCCUACAGCAACGCCCGCGUGUACUGACGCGCCAGGUCAUAUUGACCUUAUUAAGUCACCUCUAGAGGACCAGCCUUCGCUGAAUAUGCAUACGGCAAUCGCUGCCGACCCUAACUCCGAUAUUGCUGCGCCGUCUGCCGUAGUUCCAAACACUGAAGAUAAUGAGCUAGAUGAAUCCAUAUUGGCACUACUGGGUGAUACUCCACAAAACGACCCUGAGCUGGGGCCACCUGUACACAAAGACCUUGCCUUAAGAUGGCAAGAUGUUCUGUGUAAAGGUCUUAAUGAAGAGACUAAGAAAAAGAUGCUAAGUAAUUAUCAUCUACCUAAUAAUCUGGAAAACCUUAUACCGCCAUCGUUGAAUGCCGAAGUAAAAGCUGCUUUACCGGAACUAAUGGUGAAACGAGAUUACUCUUUGUUACAACGGCAGAAGCAAAUUAGUAUUGCCAUAUCGGCGCUUAGUAAAUCUAUGGAUAUACUAAUAACAGACAAAACAAUAAUGGUACCACAAACCGUAUUGAGACCAUUCAGUGACGCCUGUCGUUUGUUAUGUGACACAUUUUAUAACGAAACGCGCACCCGUCGCUCAUUAAUCAUAAACUCAAUAAAUAUUCAAAUGAAAAAUUCUAUUAUUGAUACUACCCCCACUAAACUAUUGUUUGGAGAUAACUUAACGGAAAGAUUGAAGACUGCUCAGAAUAUAAAAAGAUCAGGUGAUAUCUUGAAACCAAUUCAAAGACCAUUUAAUAAAAGCAAUUUUAUUAAAAAUGGACCAGGUGGAUAUAUAAACAAGAAUUUAAACCAGAGGGGCCCGUAUCGGAAGUUUGUUCCAGCCGAUACGGGCAGGCCUCGGCCACAAACUCGGACAGCCUCAGCCACGGCGACACCGGCAUCGAGCAGUUACCGCGGUCGCUCCGAACGCCGCAGCUCGCCCAACACGCGCACCAGUCUCCGAGCUCGCCAACGUCGUUGA